GGCAGACACGGAUCCGGCCCCGCGACGGUGCGCGCGAGCCCGACGGCAACGUCCAAACUGCCCGCUACCCAAAAUUCCAAAUACAGACGUUCGGUUAACAGCGGCGUGUUUCUAUAAGGGCUACUGGUGUGAGAAAAUCGGUGCCUUUUCCGUCGCCUAAGGCGUUCUAAAAACACCCGGGACGACUGAGGUCGCCCCUUCGGCCGCUGCAACGACGAGCUACCUGCCAUCUGAGGGGCGCUUGCUAAGUGCGUGCAGGCAAAGACCAACGCGCCCUCGCAGGUCGUCCGUUCACGGUCACGGCGAACUCGGCGGUGCUGGGUCCAGACUCCGGCUGGACCACCCUGAGCUUCUAGCCGGGACGGCUCGGAAGCCGACUGUCAGCCCGUCUCCUGUCUCGCUAAUUCCGAGGCAAGCCCCUUCCCGCGCUUACCAGGAAUGUUGGCGACCAGAGUAUUUAGCCUGAUUGGCAGGCGUGCAAUUUCCACCUCGGUGUGUGUCCGGGCCCAUGGAAGUGUUGUAAAGAGUGAAGAUUUUGCUCUCCCGGGUUAUGUGGACCGCCGUGACUACCCCUUGCCCGAUGUGGCCCACGUCAAGAACCUGUCUGCCAGCCAGAAGGCCUUGAAGGAAAAGGAGAAGGCUUCCUGGAGCAGCCUCUCCAUUGAUGAGAAAGUUGAACUGUACCGCCUAAAGUUCAAGGAGAGCUUCGCUGAGAUGAACAGGAGCACAAACGAGUGGAAGACAGUGGUGGGCGCGGCCAUGUUCUUCAUCGGUUUCACUGCGAUCCUCCUCAUCUGGGAGAAGCACUAUGUGUACGGCCCCAUCCCGCACACCUUUGAAGAGGAGUGGGUGGCCAAGCAGACCAAGAGGAUGCUGGACAUGAAGGUGGCCCCCAUCCAGGGCUUCUCGGCCAAGUGGGACUACGACAAGAACGAGUGGAAGAAGUAAGGCCCCGCGGUUCCCGAGUCUGCACCUCACCUGUCCAGUCACCUCCAUGCAGCUCCGCAUGUUCACUGGAAGUGCUGUGUCGCAGCACCAGUGCUAAUAAACGUGCAGUUUACGUGAA